GCAUACGUGCAGCCAGACAUGAAUCCCUACUGCUAAAACCUGGAUUGUUGGUCACAGAAGAAGAUUUUUAAUGGUUGGUGGAAAGGACAGUCGAUGAUCUUACCGGUGACCGAUAGCAUGGCCUCUCUCACCCACAGCAUAAGAGAAAUCUCUCUAUAUGUCUGCUUAUGGACAGUUUUAUUCGCUUCCAUGCCGGCGCAAGCUCAGUAUGAGAAAUACAGCUUCAAGAGUUUUUCACAGACGGAACUAAUGCCGUUGGAAUCGGCGUAUGGAUACGCGCUGGAGCAGUAUGGCGUUCAGAAUUGGAAGGAGAGUAUAAAAUAUCUGGAAAUAAGUUUACGGCUACACAGACUUCUAAAGGACAGCGAAGCUUACUGUAGCCAGAACUGCAGUCAUGUCAGCCGGGACCAUGAUGAACUCUUCCAGGAUACCAGUCUUCGGAUAAUGGGACACGUUUUACGGCGGGCAUCCUGUCUCAAAAACUGCAAGAAGAACUUCCCGGUGUUUUCAGUAGCCUAUCCAAAGACAGCGACCUUAGAAGCUUUUGAAAGAAGGGACCCAUACCGGUACAUGCAGUAUGCGUUUUACCAGCUGAAUUACCUGGAGAGGGCCGUGUCAGCCGCCCACACGUUCCUGCAGAGGAACCCUGGAGAACCUCUCCUCACCAAGAACAUGAACUACUACAAGAGCCUCUUCGAUGUGGACGAGUAUCUCAUCGACCAUGAGGAGAAGCUCUAUGAGGGUGCAUUUCUAAAAGCUGUGAAGUUGUUCAAUGCAGGGGAUUUCAGUAACAGUGCCUUUAACAUGGAGCAGGCGGCUACCGAGUAUUUAAAAGUGUAUGACCUCUGUCUGGCCGCCUGUGAGGGCUCGUACGAGGUCACAGAGUUCAAGGAUUUCUACCCCACCUUAGCAGACCUGUAUGUGGACAUGCUGCAGUGCAAGGUGAAGUGUGAGGCCAAUCUCACGCCCAACGAGGCUGUCCGCUACUUCAAUCAGACAACUAAGCAGAAGGAGAUGCUGGAGUUUGCCCAAAACUAUCUACAGACAGAUGACGAGGACGUGGUGAGUCCAGAGGAGCAGGUGACUGGACAGGCCUCCCCGCCAGACCAGGAGUUUGAGGGGCUCGGCGACUACGAGGAGUCCUUCCUGGCCGAGUGGUGGCAGGAGCCCCAGACCAAAGGGGACAACGGAGAGACAGAGGACAGAGCAGCCGUGUAGAAUGCAUAUGCACACACACACACACACACACACACACACACACACACACACACACACACACACAGGGAUGGGCAUAUUCUAUGUUACAACAGAAUAUCAAAUACCCUUACUUAAAGUGUAUCUAAAUAAACUACAAAUUACAGUUUCCAAGCCACAUGUCAAAAGAAAAUACUGUAUUUUCAAAAAUACUACAAACAAUGGAGUCACAUAGGGGUGGUGUGUGUGUGUGUGGGGGGGGUUAUUUGCCAUUCAGAUCAGAUAUUGUUAGUCGCCAAUGUUUUCAUGGUGAUGCAUUCAGAGCAGGAGGAAAAGAGCAACAACUGACUUAUUUAUUUGAGUGUCGUAGCUUACUCUAGGGUGUAGUUAUUUUGGUGAGAAUAUUGUUUACAUGAAGCCAUGGUAAUAUAGCCAAAAGCAAAAAGACUUACUCAGAAAGCAAUGCAGACCUGUAAAUGUUGCACGACCAAGUUUUUGAAUAUUUGCAAAGCUUUGGCCACAAUCUUGGACUUAUUUUAUACAAAUGCACACAUUUGUGUUCAUAAGAUUAUGGUUAUGGUUGUAAUGUCCUAGAUUCAAUAGAUUAGGCAUUAGAUAGGAUGACAUGCAAAAAUGUGAAAAACAGAACUAUUAGACAUUAUUCUUAAAAACACAUAAACAUAGAACCCCAUAUGUUCAUGAAUUUGCACAUAUAAUUUGUACAAAACACUAUUUUUGUAUUCGAAAUACAUAUUUUUUAUAUACGGUACAUGUAUGUGUCAUAAAUACUGCCCAUCCCUGCACACACACACACAUACACACACACACACAGAUGAUGAACUCAAAACAAAACACACACACACACACACACAGAGAACUUCAACAUAUUUUUGUCCUCAGCUCUCCAUCCCCAUAGUCCAAGGUCAUCUGUGGAGGUCGCUGGACAAUGUUAUACGUACCUCAGAGACACCCACGCAUUCUUUUCCUUUAUUUGAGUUCUUCUUCUCCUUUCAGAUUAGUUUAUGGGUGAGGAAUGUCUCCAGUCUGACGCUCUGAAGGCUUGAAUGAGUUUUACUGACUCCAAGUUAUCACGCAGCACAUAUGCCAGUUACGCCUGUACAAUAAUUGAGCCAGCCAUUCAGCAUAUUGCCUGUGUGCCGCUUCAGUAGGUUUUGUCUUCAUCAUUUGGGACCAGUUGCUCUGAGGAUUCAAAAAGGUGUUAAUAUUUGUGACUUCAGUAUGUAUGAUUUUAAUUUAAUAUUUUAAUCAUUUGACAUGUUAUGCUACAUUCACUUUUGGGUGCACAUCAAGUGAAUAGUGUUCCAACUGAAGUGGUCCUUUUGAAAGUUUGAAAUGAA